CCUUCCGUACAACGAUGAGAAGGGCUCUCCCCAAGUCUUUCUUCUCGCUUUCCAGGAUGAGUUCAAACAACGACCCUAGAUGGAAUAGCUUGAGCAACAAAAUGAGCGAUUUCCACGAAUGGUUUAAAGCUGAAUUUAAUACUCUAUAUGAUCUUGCAGACGGCUCCUUCAAUACGCGUGGUCUAUCACUUUCUUUGUAUCUGGACACUGCCCACCAAUUUGAGCGACAUUUAACUAUGCAUCAUACCAUCGAAGAGAAAUAUAUUUUCCCAGUCUUGGCACAGAGAAUGUCUGAAUUCUCGGACAUGGCCGACGACGGACACAUCAAAUCACAUCAGAGCAUUCACCACGGACUAGAAGAACUCUUAAAACUGAUAACGAUGUGGAAACAAGAUCCAAGUACUUAUUCACCUACCACCAUGAGAACUUGCUUGGACAAUUUCAAGGGUGUCCUAUUUUCUCACCUAGAUCAAGAGGUCUUGGAUUUACGAGGAGAGAAUAUGAAAAAGUAUUGGAAACUUGAAGAACUCAGGAACAUUCCUAUGUGAACAGUAUCAAUAACUCAACGCAGCACUUCAGCUGUAACACUUACAUUUUCAAUGCACAUUCGACCAUUUACAUUAACCCAUUUUGUCAUCCGGCCUCAAACGUUAGUCAGCGCACUCCCAUGAUUACCUUCUGACGACGCUGUUCGUGAGUGUUUGUACCCACAUAUGUGAUCUGACGUCAACUAUCUUAUGUCCAAACAGCUAGAUCGUACCGUUAAGUCUAUCACCUUCGGAAAGAGGUGAUUCCGUUGUCCAGUCUUACGAAUCCGUGCCGGAACCCGUCCCUACCAUGUG